AUGGUCGUCAUAGCUAAUGCACACAACGAAUUAAUCCAUGACGCUGUUCUAGACUACUAUGGGAAGCGCCUUGCUACCUGCUCUUCUGACAAGACAAUCAAGAUCUUUGAAGUCGAGGGAGAAACACACAGGUUGAUUGACACAUUAACUGGCCACGAAGGUCCAGUUUGGCGUGUUGAUUGGGCGCAUCCUAAAUUUGGAACCAUUUUGGCAUCGUGCUCUUAUGACGGUAAAGUAUUGAUUUGGAAAGAAGAGAACGGUAGAUGGUCUCAAAUUGCCGUUCAUGCUGUUCACUCUGCUUCCGUCAACUCCGUUCAAUGGGCUCCUCAUGAAUAUGGUCCCCUACUGCUGGUUGCUUCUUCUGACGGUAAGGUCUCCGUAGUGGAAUUCAAGGAAAACGGUACCACUUCCCCAAUAAUCAUCGAUGCCCACGCGAUUGGUGUCAAUUCUGCUUCUUGGGCACCAGCUACUGUCGAAGAGGAUGGCGAACACAAUGGUACCAAAGAAUCUCGCAAGUUUGCUACUGGGGGUGCCGACAAUCUGGUAAAGAUUUGGAAGUACAAUUCAGAUGCACAAACUUACGUCUUGGAAAGUACUUUAGAAGGUCACAGUGACUGGGUGAGAGAUGUAGCAUGGUCUCCAACUGUUCUUUUACGUUCUUAUUUGGCUAGUGUUUCUCAAGAUCGCACCUGUAUCAUUUGGACUCAGGAUAAUGAACAAGGCCCAUGGAAAAAAACUUUAUUGAAAGAAGACAAAUUUCCAGAUGUUUUAUGGAGAGCCAGUUGGUCUUUAUCGGGUAAUGUACUAGCCUUAUCCGGUGGCGAUAAUAAGGUUACCUUAUGGAAGGAAAAUCUUGAGGGUAAAUGGGAACCUGCUGGUGAGGUCCAUCAGUGA